AUGUGUCUCAAUGUUUUCGUCCACCAGUCCGAGCGCGAGGAGCGUGAGGAACGCGAUCCCUGCAUCCUCGACCCUGACAGUGGUCUGCUAAUCUACAAUCCUUUUGAGCCCACUAGGCAGCAAAAUACUCCUCGAAGAAGGGAGUGGUGGAAGUCAACAAGCAACCCUUCAGGAUAUCACUGCCCAAAUCAUGCCGCCGGACUCUGUGACAGGCAACAAUGGCAGAUCUGCAGGGCCACUGAUACCGAUGCGUGUCUUGGAUGGCAAAAUUUCCAUUUUCACGCUUCGAGAGACAAAGAGUUCGACUUGCUAAGCCUUCCCGUCUACCACCUUAUGUACGUAUACGAAGUCACACAGGAUGUCUUAGGCAAUCCUAUCGACGCAGAUAUUCCUUACUUCAAAGUCAGACAGGGGCUUUUUGACGCCGGGUCGAAGGUGGGAUCUUUGGUUCGCGAAAUUGUCACCAACAAGCAGAAGCGAAGUCAGGGCAUCACGCAUCUUUCCUCCAUUAGCAUCACGGAGCAGAUCGAACAUGAUCUCGGCCAAUUGAGAACGAGUCUUGAUGAAUUGAAGAAGUGGACGAGCGAAUGGGAGGCGUACGCCGAACAAGGCAAGAUGGAGGCUUGCCCUGCGAAAGACAUUACUUCGUACCGAUUCGCUUCUUAUGUCCAAGUUGUGCCGGGCACAGAAGCUAUGAUGAGCACAGAAGCCAUGCCCUCCCCGAACCAGUUGUUGAAGAAAGGCGCCGGGAUACAGCCCGACGGGCCUAUGGUAACCAGCUGUGAUCAAUUGUCUAUGCCCUAA